GGAUGAUGGGCUGCCUCCUCCUCACUGGAGGGAUUCCUGGAGAAGCUGCAGUGUGGGGAUGCUCUAGCCCGUGCACUGCCCCCAGUGUCUUUCCACCUUCUCCUUCUGCAGCAGCAGCAGUAGCAGAAGCAGAAGCAGCGACAACUUGCAACUGAAUCCCUGGGUGAGCCCCCUGGGCGUUGUUGCGCUGAGGGGGGCUCAGACCCUAGUGGAGUGUGAGUGUGUGUGUGUAGGGCGGGGGCGGCCAGCUGGGACCGCUGGUGGCCCUAGAAGACCUCCCACACACCCACACCCACACACCCCUUUUGUGUUGCAGGCUCUCCUCCAAAGAGCUGGAGGCAGCGAGAGAAAGCGUGUGUAUUUCCUACUAGUCACCGAGGGGAGAACCCUGAAGGACAGAGAUCCAGUACCACCUCCUCCAAUUUCUCUUCUCAGCAUUCCUACAGUCGGGAGACAGAACACAGCCAGAACAUCUAACUUCAGACAGCCAUCAGGGAGGACAAAGAAAGAGGAAAAAAGAAGAGCUUGAUUGGCAGACAGUCUAGACCCAUAUUGGAAGACUAUUCAUUUGGUGAUCAAGCCCUCUGGUAAAAUUACUCUCGUGCUGUCCACAAAAGUAAAGUGCAACACUGAAGAAAGAGGAUAAAGAACAAGAGAUCACAGGAUUUGUAAAGUGAACACUUUACUUAGAAGCAAAAUGGUGAGCGAAAGUGAAAGUCACCAUGAGGCUCUGGCAGCCCCUCCAGUGACAACUGCUGCAUCUGUGGUCCCACAUAAUGUCACCAAACCAGCCACCCCAGGAGAAGGAAAGGAAAAUACUUUUUCUAAGAUUAAGGAGAAAUUUAUGAAUGAAUUGAAUAAAAUUCCAUUGCCACCGUGGGCCUUAAUAGCCAUAGCCAUAGUGGCAGUUCUCUUAAUCCUGACCUGCUGCUUUUGUAUCUGUAAGAAAUGUUUAUUCAAGAAGAAGAACAAGAAGAAGGGAAAGGAAAAGGGUGGGAAAAAUGCCAUAAACAUGAAAGAUGUAAAAGACUUAGGGAAGACCAUGAAAGAUCAGGCCCUCAAGGAUGAUGAUGCUGAAACUGGCUUGACUGAUGGGGAAGAAAAAGAAGAACCAAAAGAAGAAGAAAAACUAGGAAAACUCCAAUAUUCAUUGGAUUACGAUUUCCAAAACAAUCAGCUCUUGGUAGGCAUCAUCCAAGCUGCUGAGCUUCCUGCCUUAGAUAUGGGUGGCACAUCAGAUCCCUAUGUGAAAGUGUUCCUGUUGCCUGACAAAAAGAAGAAAUUUGAGACAAAAGUCCACAGGAAGACCCUCAAUCCUGUAUUCAAUGAACAGUUUACUUUCAAGGUGCCCUACUCGGAAUUAGGAGGGAAAACUCUGGUGAUGGCAGUCUAUGAUUUUGACCGUUUCUCCAAACAUGAUAUUAUUGGGGAGUUUAAAGUGGCCAUGAAUACAGUGGAUUUUGGCCAUGUGACUGAAGAAUGGAGAGAUUUGCAAAGUGCUGAGAAGGAAGAGCAAGAGAAGCUGGGUGAUAUCUGUUUCUCCCUCCGCUAUGUACCCACUGCUGGCAAGCUGACUGUUGUCAUCCUUGAGGCAAAGAAUCUGAAGAAGAUGGACGUGGGCGGCUUAUCCGAUCCCUAUGUGAAGAUUCAUUUGAUGCAGAAUGGCAAGAGAUUGAAGAAGAAAAAGACCACCAUUAAGAAGAACACACUGAAUCCCUACUAUAAUGAGUCAUUCAGCUUUGAAGUACCCUUCGAGCAAAUCCAGAAAGUACAAGUUGUGGUAACUGUUUUGGACUAUGACAAGAUUGGCAAGAACGAUGCCAUCGGCAAGGUCUUUGUGGGCUACAACAGCACCGGCGCGGAGCUGCGACAUUGGUCAGACAUGUUGGCCAAUCCCAGGCGACCCAUUGCACAGUGGCACACCUUACAGGUAGAGGAGGAGGUGGACGCCAUGCUUGCUGUCAAGAAAUAAAGGGAACAAAAGAAGCCUUUCUGCAUUUGCCCACAUAGUGCUCUUUAGCCAGUAUCUGUAAAUACCUCAGUAAUAUAGGUCCUUUCAUUUCCAGCCAUGCAUUCCUAACCCAAAUCAGUGCUCCUUCAAAUCCUGUUUUAAUUUGCACAACUUUAAAUGUAGAGAGCUCCCUAAGACCUUUAUCACCCCACUGUCCCCCAGAUCUACUCUUCUUUUAAGCAAUAUGAUGUGUAGAUAGAGCAUGACAGAAAUUAUUUAUUGUAUCACAUUUGUUGUAUAUAGCAGUAUGCUAAAAAUUUAUUUCUAGUUUGUGUAUUUGUAUGUUGUAAGAGUUUCCUAAUCUGUGUAUAUCUAGAUGUUUUUAAUAAGAUGUUCUAUUUUAAAUUAUGUAAAUUGACUGAGAUAUAGGAGAGCUGAUAAUAUAUAUUAGGGUUAAAUAUUGUAUCGUCUGCAUUCCAGCAAAAAUUCCAACUUGUAAGGCACUAGUACAGUUACAGUGACAUCUUAAAGGACAACAAAUCUGAGCUUUCAACUGAACCAUUCAAAUAACUGGAUAUUCUUAAAACUGCACACUUGAAGGGGGUAAAUCCCAUUUUGUAGAAUUCUUUUACAGGCAACUUAGCAUGAUCUGAGCAGCUCCAUAGCUGACCUCAAGGAAUUGUAGCCACAAGUCAAUAGAGUCCAGUUAUCCCUUCCAUAUCUCGAUUUUCCCCAUCUCGGUUUCAAUAUAUCAUGGGUCAGCAUAAGAAAUUAAAUGGGAACUUUUUGGGCAUUUUACAAAAAGUUGAAUAUGACACAAGAAUGCCAGCAGAUGACAUAGAAAAAGUUUAGAAAUGCAGAAUUGUUAUUAAAAGAAAAAAAGCAUUCUGGUAGACUCUGGCAUCAAAUCAGAAAAGGCUAAGUCCUUAUAUGAUUUCCUAAAGCCAAAUGAAGGUGAAGGAUCUAGUCCUACAAAUUUUACAUGCGAUUUUCCAGAUCAAGAUGGAGGGAUUGGGGGAACUGUGCCCCUAUCUAUCCUCCUUAUUGUGGAAGGGAUAACUGUGUAGAAUUUGUCUAUAUACACUUUAAGAAGCUGAAAUUCUGGCUUUACACUUAAUAGUCAAGGAAGCAAUUGAAUGGAAGGAAUUAUUUCUUAUUAUUGCACCUAGAGUAAAUAAUAUAAUGGUGUUUGGUGGUGUGUGUGUGUGUGUGUGUAUAUGUGUGUGCAUGUAUUUCACUGGGGAGGGAAAGGCUGGGGGGGAGAAAUCAACAUUUAUGAAAUACCACCUGACCAUUCAAGAAGAUGCUCUCCGUGCUUACCUUUAUAUAAAUGUGCAUCCUGGGAAUUCUAUUGGAGAUUUCCCAUUCUGGAUGAAUUCUUAAUGGGUUUGCACAUUAGACUUUAUAACAAGAUAUUUUAUUAUAUAAAAUCAGAUUAGAAGGAAUGCAGAAUAUUUUUAAACACAGCAACCUGUGCUUAUUACACAAAAUGACUUUGUGGUCAACAGUAUUGUAAUCCCAUUGAGACAAAAAAAAAGGACAAAAUUUAGCCAUAGUUCUGAAUGCACUUCAAUAAAGCCAAAACAAACAGCUAGUGAUCUUUUUAUAUGCUCUUUAUACUGAAAUGAGUUUUAAUUUGUCCUUUAAAAAAAAAAAGAUGAAACUAAACAAAGAACAAGUUCUAGAAAACUGAAGCAAUCUCUUAUGUAUAAUAGAUGCUCGUUUCAGGAAGAGUUUUUAAAUGUUUUCAAUGUUAUUAUGUAGUAAUGGCACUAUUAUGAAGUUAUUUGUCAUUCCAUAAGAGUCUUAAAAGACUGCUCUGUGUAUCACUGUGACUGCCUUGUGUGCUUAGAAAUCUAGUUUUCUCAGUGGAUAGCAAUCAAUUUAUUCCUUAGUGAUAUUGUUAUAAUACUGCCGUUCCCUUCUAUACUGCACUGCCGGAGGCCCACGUAGCACCAACAGUUCUAGUUACAAAUGGACCAAUCCAGAACUGAAGAGCUACACAUUGGACAGGGAAAUUUCAGAGAAUGGAUGGACCACACAGCAUAUUGUUGAACACUGUGCAAUAUUCCAUACUUUAACCCACCCUGGUAGGUCAUUGCCUUAUUAAAUUAAGGGCAAUCUACCAUCUCAUUCUGCAUCAAACUCCUUUUCCACAUCACUUCAGACUUUCUCUUUCUCUCUUUCUCCCAAGACCAAAUUUUGGGUUGACUAGGCUAGAGACAGUGACAGUUCUCUGAAGUGAAAGUUCAUUUUCCUGACAAAUAAGAAACAUAUUACCUUGGCCUUGUGUUCCAAAUUUAUUAUACUUAUCUUCUUACCAGCAUGCCAUGUUCCUCACUGAAUCCAAGGAAAAUCAGCUAGGGCUGCCAGACAACAGGCUUGAGGCAUUCCAAGCUAUCUCCUAAUGAAUAGAGAUCCUUUCUUUAUAUUUUCUCAAUAAAGGAUCAGGUGGGUCCUUUAGUUGUUCAGCCCAGUCAAGGCAAACGCCACCAAACUAGGGACAAGCACAGAAUAAAGAAUCAAGAUUGCAGAGGGAGGGAGGACAAUUCUCUCCUAACUUUAUUGUCCCUAAGCCAUAAUGUCCUUUUCACUCAUUUCCCAUGGAGGAGGCAUUCUAGGAGAAUAAAUGCCUCUGUGAAGGGAGGAAAAAGUCAAAUAGGACUUCUUUUCAUCCAUUUUAAGGGACCAAACCCUACCAAAGAGAGGGGCAAGGUUGACUUUUAGAUUGUUGUUUGUGCAUAACAGAAUUUAACUUCAUCAUAUCCAGCUUUGAGUUGUUCAUAUAGAACCCAGAAGCAAGCAGGUUCUAGCUGCCAGAUAAAAAUACACAUUCUCUAUCGCAUUAAGUACUCUUAAUGUAUUCUCUUCCAACACUGCCAGACACACUGUUGCCGUAGUAGAAUUGGUUGGUACUCUCUGCCAUCAUUCCCAUGACAGUGACUGAACCUGCUUUUUUGACCAUGAUGACCAUCCAUCCUCAGAUAAGCCACAUAUACCUUUCUGACAAAGCUGUGUAAAGUAUUAGAAAUCUGAUGCUGUAGAGAGAUCCUAGUUGCCUUUGUGUAUAUUUACUGCCUGCUUGAGUGUUCCUAUAUGUGGGUUUUCUCUGUAUCUUGUAGAAAUGUUGGGGUGUUCUAUCCUGCCAUAACGGCCCGUGGCCCACGAGCCGACAACUUUAGCUGUAUUUUACCUUCAUUUUUUGAUGAGGUGGUUAAAAUUUUGUUUCACUUUGUGUAGUGAAUCCCACAGUAGUUUUCUGAUUGUUGUUACCAAUGACUUGACCUAUUACACAGAUAUUCAAUAAAAAUGUUUUAUUUCCUGUUGA